GGAGUUUGUUUAUUUUUGUGGCGACUACCUAGCUAGCUGUACCCCAAACGUGCUACUUCGCGGACCCCUCGUAUGGGUCGCCAUUUACACCCUGGACUACUGUUAAAAAACAUUCUUAGCACACUCGAAACAACCGCACCUCAGUAACCGCCAUUCCAAGGACCGUCCACCAAGAAAGCUUUCCAGACCUGCUUUGUAUCGACUCAGAGAGUGCGAGCGAGCCUCCCCGAAGGCUGAAAUCUAAGGAGCAGGAUGUCCAUCGCCAACACCCCCACGAGCAAUGACGCCUGCCUCAGCAUCGUGCACAGCCUGAUGUGCCACAGACAAGGUGGGGAGAGCGAGAGCUUCGCCAAGCGGGCCAUCGAGAGCCUGGUCAAGAAGCUGAAGGAGAAGAAAGACGAGCUGGACUCCCUCAUCACGGCCAUCACGACCAACGGGGCGCAUCCCAGCAAAUGUGUGACCAUACAGCGCACAUUGGACGGCCGCCUACAGGUCGCUGGACGUAAAGGUUUCCCUCACGUGGUGUAUGCGCGAUUGUGGCGGUGGCCCGAUCUGCACAAAAACGAGUUAAAACAUGUCAAAUACUGCCAGUAUGCCUUUGACCUCAAAUGUGACAACGUUUGCGUCAAUCCGUACCACUACGAGAGAGUGGUCUCGCCAGGCAUCGACUUAUCAGGACUGACGCUUUCAAGCACAGGUCCACUCAUGGUAAAAGACGAGUACGACUACGACAAUCAGCAAUCUCACCCCAGUGCCGACAGCCACCUGCAGACAAUCCAGCAUCCUCCGUCCAGGCCGGGCCCGCCAGACACCUUUGGUAGCCCCGCCCUCCUCCCGCCAACAGAGGGCAGCAGCUCGGCUGCAACAUCCGCAUUUUCCGCCAUUGGCGCGGGACCCUCAAAUUCCACCUCCAACUGGAACCGAAACAGCAGCUUCACGUCUGCGGCGCCGCAUCAAAAUGGCCACCUACAGCACCAUACGCCCAUGCCUCACACAGGACAUUACUGGUCUGUUAGCAACGAAAUAGCAUUCCAACCACCAAUAUCCAAUCACCCUGCUCCAGAAUACUGGUGCUCCAUCGCGUACUUUGAGAUGGACGUCCAGGUCGGCGAGACGUUCAAGGUGCCCUCCACGUGCCCGAUAGUGACGGUGGACGGUUACGUGGACCCCUCGGGAGGCGACCGCUUCUGCCUGGGCCAGCUCAGCAACGUCCACAGAACGGAAAACAUUGAGAGAGCCAGGCUUCAUAUCGGCAAAGGCGUUCAGCUGGAAUGCAAAGGCGAAGGAGAUGUGUGGGUACGCUGCUUGAGCGACCACGCCGUGUUUGUGCAGAGCUACUACCUGGACCGAGAGGCGGGGCGUGCCCCCGGGGAUGCCGUCCACAAGAUCUACCCCAGCGCUUACAUCAAGGUGUUUGACCUGCGUCAGUGCCAUAGGCAGAUGCAGCAGCAGGCGGCCACUGCCCAAGCGGCGGCGGCGGCCCAGGCAGCAGCCGUGGCCGGAAAUAUACCCGGCCCGGGUUCCGUGGGCGGAAUCGCUCCCGCAAUCAGUUUGUCAGCGGCGGCGGGCAUCGGCGUGGACGACUUGCGCCGGCUGUGCAUCCUGCGGAUGAGCUUUGUCAAGGGCUGGGGGCCCGACUACCCGCGGCAAAGCAUCAAGGAGACACCCUGCUGGAUCGAGAUUCACCUCCACCGUGCUCUGCAGCUGCUGGACGAGGUACUGCACACCAUGCCCAUCGCGGACCCACAGCCUCUUGACUAAUGUCGUCGUUGCAAGACUGUUAUCAGGAGGCUGUGGCGCCGCCGGGUCGGGCGGUAGGAGUAGAAGCCAGGACACGCGUAGUCGGCAGUUUAGUCCAGUGGCAUCUUGAGCGCCGUGGUACACUGGAGACACGCCACUGUGCGUACUGAUAAUACAAGUCAGGAUUUUUAAUCGAGCGCUCAGAAAUGAAUGGAAGAAAGCAAUCACUGUGAUACCACCAGUGUGCGUGCAUCUCAACUAAUUAGAAUAUGGUGCAAUUUAGUCAAGUAGUUGAGUUCAAACUGGCAUCACGUGACAGGACGAAUUUUGUUGUCUCUGAAUGCUACAGUGUUACACUCCUUUGCUUGCCACUCUUCUGUUUUUUGCUCCAGAACCUUUCUUUGUAUAUAAAUCAAAAUGUUGUCAAUCUCUCGCCUAUAAUAUUACAGCCAGUAACGUCAUAAAAACAGCAAAAUAUUUAUAUGGAAAAACACUAGGCCUUAAUUAAGUGUUACACAGAAAGUAUGACUUGUUUCUUGCUACUUGCAAUUAUAAAAUCCGUGCCGUGUCGCCAACCCAAAGAGAAUUGUGAGAGGAAGUACAAGCCAUAAGCCAAACACAAUCAUUUCAGUGUUACGCUGAGUGUCGAUUUUUAUUGCGUCGGCAGAACUGACCGCUAUUGCAGUAUUUUCGACUCCAUUUUGCUAUAUUCGCAAACCACUGUACCGCAGGGCAAAAAAAGUGCUACUUCCGGCGUCUACUUUGCAUCACCAAUACAUCAUGAAUCUGAAUGAUAUUAGUGUUAAUAUGUAUGAAAAUUGUUGAAUAAAAUGUAUGGGCUGACAGCAUCGUGUUAAGGUGAAGUUUGUACACACAGGAGACGUGCUUUGGACAAGAAAACAUUUAUUACCGCCAAGACAAAGUCACAAAAUUGAAGGAGGGGCGGAGGGGGGUCGGAAACAACACUAAGCUAGCCUGAGCUGAGAUCUGAAAUAUUCAGAAAAAACAAACUACAUGUGUCUUUUUAAUAAUUUUCUAUAUUCAGCAAUACGACACACUAAAACAAUGUCUUUGUAAAUACAAAAGUCCCCCGGUCGGCCUUGUUUCAAAAUACAACAAUACAAAUCAUCCUACGUUCUUGCCAAGUUGAAAAGAUAUAUGAAGAAAAAACAGCACACAGAGAAAGAAAGACAUGGAAAUUGUGUGGAUAAUAUUAUAUUAGAUAUUAUACAUGAUCAAAAGAAGGAU